CGAGCCCCAUCUGGCUGCUGAAGUGGAGCUCACACACAGUUCAGCUGGGUAGCCGUUUGCGAUGCAUUCUUGGCUGCUGUUCUGUCUUUCACCUCAGUCAGUUCACUUACUUCAGGGAUCUUUGCGAGACUGUGGCUGGUAUUUUUGUGUCGCCUUCAAGAAGCUGUGAUUGGACCAGUAAAGAAGGGGUAAAAAAGAAAAACACUGAACUGUUACAGGAUGUGGUUUUACUGAACACGCAGUACUGAAGAUUAAAAUUUUUGAUGCAUGACGUUUUCAACAGCAAAAGGAAGUUAACGGAUAAUUUUAGAUUCAAAUGCUUCAAUUGUAAAAUUUGUAAAAGUAUCAGACCAUUUUCUUGCGUAGUUUGGUUUCCUCAUAUGCCAUUCUGGAAUUCUGCUUUGUUGCACUCAGCCUUUGCGAGUUAGUUCUUGCUCGUAAAGCUGUUCUAAGUUUCCUUCAGGGACAGUAAUUUCCAUUCCUGAAAUGAGAGUAUCUUUAAUUGUGGAGGAAUUUUGAUCGUAUGCAAUUCUUGAAAAGGUUGCUGGUUUCUUUGAAACAUUUUUAGUGGCAAGCAUUCCUCAGCAGCUGAGAAAAUGGGUUGUGGCUUACCAAAGCUGGAAAAAUCUGAUGAAAAUAGCCCUGGCAAAAUCUACUCAACACUUAAGAGACCACAAGUGGAAACUAAGGUGGACACAGCCUAUGAAUACAAGCUCCUGGACUUCACAAUAGCAGCAGAUGGUGAUGUGGAAUCAUCUGCAGUCAAGCUCUCCUCCAUACGUGAUCUUCCUGAUCAGCUGCAGGAACUCUACCAGAAGGGCUUUGUGCUGGCUGCUUUUCACCCUUUCAUACAGUCCAUUGAUGGGCAGAAGAAAACUCCACCAGCGAAAAUGUUCAGAGCCAUUUUGAUCAAGGCAUCAGUGAGCUCAGAAGAAAAUCAGUUUAAGACUGAACCAAGCAGCCUUGAAGUAGAAUUGUGUUCAUUGGCCGACCAACCAGCUAAUUUCACAGGGCUAGCAGAUGUCCUACAAAAAGUGCAAGAAAGGACAAAAAACGGCCUACGAUUUGUUGGACAUGUACAACAUCGAGUUUGCACAGUGAAUUCAAUGGCAAAGCCUGAAGAAUGUUCAACAAAUAACAAUAUUUUGAAUCAAAACAACGAGGAAAAGAAUGAACAGAGUGAUAGUAAUGGAGAUAAAGGUGCACAAAGUCAGGAUGCAGAAGGAACACAUGGGGAGGGAUCCCAGUCUGAAACACAAGUUGUUGAGUGUCAAGAGAAAGUUGAUGAUCAAACAACGGCAAAAAUAACCAGUCAAAAAUCUGAAGAAGAUGAAAAGCAGACAGAGAAUAAAAGAGCAGCUGGUGGUGAGGUGGAACACAAGGUUACUGAUCAGCAAGUAAAUUCAUCACCAGCAGAAGCAAUGGAAAGUGAAGCAGCAGACAGCCUACCUACUGCGGGACCAGCUGGGGGUGAGCCGUCUCCGAUGGCACCGAACAAGUUCGCUGAGGGGAAACCGAUUACAGAAUGUUGUGAAGCCAAUGAGGCCAGCUCCUCUGAGGCAAAUGACAGCAAGCAGGAGGUGCAUUCAGAACAAGGAACAGCUGAGGAGAUCGCAAAGAGGAAUGUUGGCGAAAAUGAGAUAUUUCUCCUUUUCGAUAAACAUCGAAAGCAGAAAUCUUGCAAGUACUAUACAGCGACAAUUCCACUGAAGAUCAGUAAAAAGGGAGAGGAUAUCAGCAGUUUAGAAGCGGACUGGCUAGAUCACAUGACAGAACACUUCACUAAGGGAGCCCUGUUAGUGGAUGCUUUGAUUUGUCUGGGAACACCGACAGAUUCAACCCCUAAAUCGGUCGAUGGGCUUUUUAUCUUUGAAGGGGUUUCUGAGGAAAAGUAUGAACCUUACGAUGCCAUCGUUGUGGAGCAGUGGACAGUGAUGAACGGAAAUAAAGUGAAAACUGAUUAUGCUCCUUUGCUGAAUUCUCUGGCUGCAUACGGCUGGCAGUUAACCUGUGUGUUACCUACUCCUAUUGUGAGGAGGGACAGUGAUGGGAAUCUUGCUACAAAACAGAUUGUUUUUCUCCAGAGGCCAUCACUGCCUGGCAAAGAAAAGAAGAAAGAUUCAAAGAAAAAAUCAACAAAAGAUGACAAGUCAAGCAAGAAAAACAGAAACUGCUUAAAAGACAAAAAUGGCACAGUGCCUCUUCAAGUGAAGGACUCUACAGGAGUUUCUGAUGAAAAAGAAAAAGUGGAAGAAAGUGCAGCAAAGAAUGGAGACAAAGAAAAUGCUGAAAUUCUUGAAAAAGAAUCCUUGAAAAAAGGGGAAAAUGAAAAAAGUAUCCCUGCAACUGAAGUAGCACAAAACUACUUCUGUGUGACGAAUUCUGAAGUGGACGGAUGUGCUGGGAAAGUCGGAGGCAACAAUAAUAUUUGUGACAAUGAGGAUAUGAAUGAAUUACAGGAGAAGAAUGAAAACAAAUGUCAAAAUGAUACAACUAGGAGACGUGAUGACGAAGGCAGCCAGGCAAAGGUUAACAACAGUGCAGUGAAUGGUGAACAUACAGUUCGUAGUCAGUAUCUUGAUAACCUGCCGGCUGUGGAGGGGGCUGCCGAGGCCCAGGUGGAAACAACUGGGCCCAUCACAGAGGCAAGGGAGGAAAUUACAGAGGCACGUGGUGGUGCUGACACCUUCCUUGAGUAAAGCAAGAUUCUGGAUAAUAAACAGAUGGUGCAGAUCUUUUCCCUCUGGAGCUGGCUCGAUUGUAAUAUUAUGCCUGCGUUGUGCCAUGCAUUUAGUGCCAAAGUUCACACACUCGCCUUGUUUGCUGUGCAAUAAAAUAAACGCAGAUGUCAUAGGCUUGCAUUUUGUGUGAUACUAUAUAUGACUCACUAACAUUGUAAAAAUGUGCAGGUGUUACAGUUAAUGUUGCAGGUAACAUAAUAAAUUUCUAUUAGUUGAUCAGAUAAAUAUUUUAUACAAUAAUAAAUGCCUACUGUCUGUCAGAUGUUUUCCCUGCAAUCGUUUAAUAUUGUUCCUUUAAAUAAAAGAUUCUUUUCACUGAGAAA